CAAAUUUAACACAUUAUUUGUUGGAGCUAAUGAAAACUACAAUUGAUAAAAUAAUCAGUUAAAAGUCCACCAUAAUCAUUUUAAAUUGCAAAGUAACUACAUACAAAGAAGUGAACAAUAUCAGAACGACAAUUUUACGCAUUGUUUAACAAUAAUGGUAGUUGAAAGAGUAGUAUUAUCUACUUUGACAAGAAUAAGAUUGAUGUCUUGUAUAAAACCACAAUUGUUACAGCAGAAACAAAAUUUGACUAACUUUUUAUUGAUGUGUAAAUUAUCAAGUUACCGUGUUACAAAAAAUAUUGAACAUAUUUUGCAUGAUAAUCAAACUAGAAAUGAUGCAAUUAUACAGAAUUUUAAUAAUGAAAAAAAUAGACCUUUAAUAAUUUUACUUAGUUGGUUGUUACCAAAGCAUAAACAUAUUAUGAAAUUUGCAAAUUUAUAUGUGGAACAAGGGUUUGAUAUUGUUAUAUUAUCAAUUACACCUUGGCAACUAAUAUGGCCUACAAAAGGAUCUAGGUUAGUUGCUUCAGAUUUAUUGGAAUUUCUAAUAGAACAUCAAAAUUAUCAGCAAAUAGUAUUACAUGGAUUUUCAGUAGGUGGAUAUAUGUGGGGAGAAAUUUUGGACUUAAUACAGAGUGAUUAUCAAAAAUAUAAUAAUGUAAUUGAAAGAAUUGUUGGUCAAAUAUGGGAUAGUUUAGCUGAUGUGACUGAAUUAUCAAUAGGUGUACCACGUGCUAUAUUUCCAAAUAAUAAAAUGCUACAAAAUAUGUUUCAAAAAUAUUUAGAAUAUCAUAUGAAAGCUUUUUAUAAACAAUCUACACAAUAUUACAUAAGAUCUAGUCAAUUGUUUCAUACAAAUUUGAUACAUAGUCCAGCAUUAUUUUUUGUAAGUAAAACGGAUCCAGUAGGUUCACUAUCAAGUAAUUUAAGAGUAAAGAAUCAAUGGGAUACUGUGGGUAUAAAGACUUAUAUCAAAGUAUUUGAAAAAUCUCCACAUGUUGGGCAUUAUCGUAAAUAUCCAAAAGAAUAUGUUGCAGAAUUGUAUACUUUUUUGAAUAAAUUACCUUUAAUACAAUAUGAAAAGAAAAUGGGAGCACAGUUUUGAAUAUUUUAUUGCUGAUAUUUUUAAAAUAUUGAAGUAUU